GAAAAAAAAACGCAACGAAAGAGAAAUGGGUUCGAAGUCUCCAAAUAUUUCUGCACUUUUGUUAACACUGCUUCUUAUACUUUUCACUCUUUCCUCUCAGCUUGAAGUCGUGGAAUGUACAGGCCGCAAACUGUCGUGGGGGUUUUCGGGAACGCCUAUCGUGUACACACCACCUUCAAGGUCAUGUGGAACUUCUCCAGCAGUAUUCACUUGGAAGUGGAGGAGACCCCGACCAUGCAGGCUUCCUCCAGGAAGUUAUAUUCCUGCUUCUAAUGAAUCACCUUAACUAUGUGCGUCUGUGUCUUUGUGUAAGAGUUUUCAAGUUCUAUGCAAUAAUAAAGUGUAUGUGGUUUUAAGAUUUGGUUUACAAAUCUAAAAACAUUUGCUCCUAUCAUAUGAUGUAAACAAAAACUAUUGUGUGUUUGAUUAAAAACUACACAUAAUACUAUUGAUCCUAAUAUUGAAAUAGUUGUUGAAUCCUUUUGAUCA